CUGCCGCCCGCGUGCGGCCCCCGCGGAGAGGGUUGAAAACCUAUGUGAUUCUGAGGGGAGAUGCCUGGUCCGAGGACACACUGCCAGUUAGAAGCUGACUUAGGAAGCCAGAUCGAGUUCGAGGACUGCACGGCUGGCUCGCCCCUAGUAUGGCCAAUGAAGAGGAUGACCCAGUCGUACAGGAGAUCGACGUGUACUUGGCCAAAAGUCUGGCAGAGAAGCUCUAUCUGUUUCAGUACCCUGUGCGCCCGGCCUCAAUGACCUACGAUGACAUUCCUCAUCUCUCAGCCAAGAUCAAGCCUAAGCAACAGAAGGUAGAACUUGAGAUGGCCAUCGACACCCUGAACCCCAACUAUUGCCGCAGUAAAGGGGAACAGAUCGCGCUGAACGUGGACGGCACCUGCACUGACGAGAGCAGCACGUAUUCCUCGAAGCUGAUGGACAAGCAGACUUUUUGCUCCUCCCAGACCACCAGCAACACAUCUCGCUAUGCGGCUGCACUCUACAGGAAAGGUGAGCUCCACCUGACACCCUUACAUGGCAUCCUGCAGUUGCGACCCAGCUUCUCCUACCUAGAUAAAGCCGACGCCAAGCACCGCGAGAGGGAGGCAGCCAAUGAAGCGGGAGACUCUUCGCAGGAUGAGGCAGAAGAAGAUGUUAAGCAGGUCACGGUGCGCUUCUCCCGGCCAGAGUCGGAGCAAGCCCGCCAGCGCAGAGUGCAGUCCUACGAGUUCCUGCAGAAGAAGCACGCCGAAGAGCCCUGGGUGCACCUGCACUACUACGGCCUCAGGGACAGCCGUUCUGAGUAUGAGCGUCAGUACCUGCUUGGCCAGGGCUCCAAUGGUGUCGAGAACACGGAACUUGUCAAGUCACCCAGUGAGUACCUCAUGAUGCUGAUGCCGCCCAGCCAGGAGGAGGAGAAAGACAAGCCAGUGGCCCCCAGCAAUGUUCUGUCCAUGGCCCAGCUGCGUACCCUGCCCUUGGCCGAUCAGAUCAAGAUCCUGAUGAAGAAUGUGAAGGUUAUGCCUUUUGCCAACUUGAUGAGCCUGUUGGGCCCCUCGAUCGACCCUGUGGCUGUUCUGCGUGGCAUCCAGAAGGUGGCGAUGUUAGUCCAAGGAAACUGGGUUGUGAAGAGUGACAUCCUGUACCCCCGAGACUCCUCCAGCCCCCACAGUGGUGUGCCUGCCGAGGUGCUCUGCAGAGGCCGAGACUUUGUGAUGUGGAAGUUCACACAGAGCCGUUGGGUGGUGAGGAAAGAGGUGGCAGCUGUGACCAAACUCUGUGCGGAGGACGUGAAAGACUUCCUGGACCACAUGGCCGUGGUGAGGAUCAACAGAGGCUGGGAGUUCAUCCUGCCUUAUGACGGGGAGUUCAUCAAGAAGCACCCAGAUGUGGUCCAGCGGCAGCACAUGCUGUGGACGGGCAUCCAGGCCAAAUUAGAAAAAGUCUAUAAUCUCGUCAAGGAAACCAUGCCAAAGAAGCCGGAUGGACAGUCAGUGCCUGUUGGCGUGGUCUCUGGGGAUCAAUGGGUCCAAGUUGCCAAAACCAAGGCCCAGCAAAACCACGCGCUGCUGGAGCGGGAGCUGCAGCGCAGGAAGGAGCAGCUGCAGGUGCCUGCCGCCCCCCCACCGCCAGGGGUGCGCAUCAAAGAGGAGCCCCUGAGUGAAGAGGGGGAGGAGGAGGAAGAGGAGCCUAUGGACACUUCCCCCAGCGGUGGCCUCAACAGCCGGCUGGCCAAUGGACUGCCUAUCGGGCGGGCAGCAGGUGGGGACAGCUUCAACGGGCACCCAUCCCUGGGCAGUGCCAGCACUCCUGUGGCCCGGGAACUGCGGGCUUUCGUGGAGGCCACCUUCCAAAGACAGUUUGUGCUCACACUGAGCGAACUCAAGCGCCUCUUCAACAUGCACCUGGCCAGCCUGCCGCCUGGCCACACUCUCUUCAGCGGCAUCUCGGACCGCAUGCUGCAGGACACGGUGCUGGCCGCCGGGUGUAAGCAGAUCCUGGUGCCUUUUCCCCCACAGACCGCUGCUUCGCCGGAUGAACAGAAGGUGUUUGCUCUCUGGGAGUCUGGAGACAUGAGUGAUCAGCAUCGACAGGUUUUGCUUGAAAUAUUUUCUAAAAACUACCGGGUACGCCGGAACAUGAUCCAGUCUCGGUUGGCUCAAGAGUGUGGAGAAGACUUAAGUAAACAGGAAGUGGAUAAAGUGCUAAAGGACUGUUGUGUAAGCUAUGGCGGCAUGUGGUACCUUAAAGGCACAGUACAGUCUUGACAACAGUGUUAACCCACUAUCCCCAACGAAUCCAAGCGCAGGGAAGGACUGCAGGGCCAGCCGAGGUCAAGUGGAGGCUCGACUGGCUCCAGGAAACACCGAAUAAGAGGAACCAACCAAGCAGUGCGUGCGCUGCGGUGGCGGGCCGGCGUGUCCCCGGCGGACAGAGGCGGCCACCCUCGGCGGGCUGCAGGGUCAGCUUGCGUUCGUGCGCCCCAGAAGAGCCCAGCCGGGACCUGCGUGAAGUACAGUUUGAAAUUCCUGAUGCAUUUUGCUUAUUAAUUUGGUUUCAUUCUCAUAAUAAAGAGAGUGUAUAUUGUCAUGGGCAGGAUGGUGGAAAUCAUGGUUUAAUAUUUUACUUUUUAAACUGAAUGCCAACAAGGUUCUAAGUUAUGUUUACAAGAUGAAGAAAAUCUCAAGGUUUUUAAUAUUUAAAAUACCUAGAAGCCAAUAUUCAGUCUUGGAUUAUCUAGCUACUAAGACUUCUGCCAAUUUCAUUAAACAAACCAAACUCAACUGUUUUUACUCUUGGGUUUCUGUGACCACGUUACCUUUUCAGACAACCUCCGUUAUGUAGCAGUCUCAACUGUUUACAGGAACCAUAGCAAAAAACAAAAAACUUAAAAUCAAAUCCAUUUGUUCUUGAUGUUUGCAUAAGCUUGCAAACAAAGCGAGGUAAGUAUGGAACAAUGUGGAAGCGAGGUUAUCACACUUUGAUGUAAAAAAUUUCUAUUUUGUGUAUUUUUAAAAUAAAUGCUAACACUAAACUGGCA